AUGGACCUGAAGUGGAAUCCUGGCAGAGUUUCUCGUCCGGCCUCAGCUGCAGUCCGGGUGACUGAUUUGAGUUGGCGAGGCAACCUAAAUCCCAGUCCGCUGAUUAAAGACGAUGGAGAGCUGCUUAUGGAUGAAUACCUUUCCCCCAGGAAACUGAAAGUUUUGGCAGGGGUAGAUGAUCUGCAGCGUGUGAAGGCCCUAGAGAUGCAAGUAGAUACAAGAGAGAACAGCUUGGGAAACUUUGGUGCCUAUCUACCUAAUCUGAGAGAACUGAAGUUGAACAAUAGUUUACUUGUGUCUGUGAGGGAUCUUGGAACCACAUUGUCCCAUCUCCACGUCCUGUGGAUGGCUCGCUGUGGGCUCUCAGAUUUAGAUGGGAUCUCUUCCUGCAGCUCUCUAAAAGAACUCUACAUAUCCUAUAACAAUAUCUCUGACCUGAGCCAGCUGACCUGGUUGGAUCACCUUGAGGUUUUGGACCUGGAAGGGAACAAUAUUGAGGACAUCAACCAGAUGCAGUACCUGGGACUUUGUUGCAAGCUGAGCCGCCUGACAGUGGAGGGCAACCUUAUUUGUCUGAAGCCAAAUGCAGAAUCUGCAGAGGAACCAGAUUAUAAUUACAGAGCUGAAGUAAAAAAAAUCAUUCCCCACUUGGAGUAUUUGGAUGAAAUACCAGCAAGCCAGACUGCUCUCCUUCCUUCCAAGAAGAUGCAUGAGGAUUGGCUAAUCAUCAAGGAAUCCAUCAAGGAAGGUGGUUUAGCUGGAGGCAUUUCAUGGUUAGAUCCGUAUCUUGGGGCACUAGCAAGGCAGUCUGGAUGCGGCCCAAGACCCCAGACAGCUUCCAGACCUGGAACUGCGCAGUGGUCUGCUAACGCAAGGAGAUCUAGCAAUGCCCACCUGUUGUACAGUGGCUGUCCUCUUCCAGAUCCCACUGUUUCUGAUGAGCUGUUCCCAGAAGACGACUCCAGUGAUCUGACACAUGGACUCAGUCAAGUUAUAUGUGGGAACCCCACCAAGGCCCUUCGUGCAAGGAGGCAAAAGCUAGGUCCACCUGCAGUGAGCCCUUUGAAACUCUGCGGUAUGAGGACGGAAAACCCUUAUGGCUCUGGAAUAGGAGGAGAUCUGCACCAGGGAGAUGUGUCCUCUGAACUGAGAGUAUGGAGAGAGCAGCACAAGCGGUGCCUGCAAACAGAUCAGCAAGAAAAAGCCGCCCAAGCACUGAAGGUAACUCUUAGCGAUGGGGAAGAGGGUGAAGACUGCAGCCUGGCUGACAGCUGUGAAGAUGAGUUGAGGGAGACCUGUGAUAAGGACCUCAUUGAAAGGAUUUCUCUUGGCUCUUCUUGCCACUCCUGUCUCUCCCAGUCUUCCUCAGGUUCGUCACAGGCUCAGGAAGGUGCAGUGUUCUCCAACCAGAACCGUUGUCUAAUUCCAUCCCCUCCAAAAAGCCCUUCACCUGCAUCUGUAACGGGUGUUGCAGCAAGACCCUGGAAAACAAGCAACCAUAGGGUAAGACGCCUAAAAAUACCCAGCCAAGAGGAAGACAGGCAGUGGACACAGCAAUGCCAGUCAAGGGCUCAUCAAGAAACUUCAGCCCAGCCUCUAGGCAAGGAACUUGCUCUCCUGAGCCAGCACAGUGUGCCGGCUGCCUCCGGAUCCCGAGGGCAGCGCCAGCCUGCUGGGACCACCGGCCAGCAAAGGCCUAUUUCAGGACCAGCAGCUGUUGGAUCAACAAGCAUCAGGCCCAUCAUGGAUGAGAGCCCUCCUGGAGAGAUCAACCACCACCAUCCAGCUGUCUGUUCAUCCACAAAGGCCUCAGAGAGGUUUGGGCUGAUGAGCGCCGCUUGGCCCCUGACUGCCAGGGCCAUGCUGCAGUCAUUGCCAGACAGACCCACUGCCUCAACAACAUCUCAGAACAAAAGUCCCCAGUCCUAG